AUGACACCGGCCUACGACACCGAUGAUGACGCGGCGACCUCCAUUCAAUCUGCAAACGUCCACGUUUUGAAUGGCCUUCCCCCAGGAACCAUCGACGAUGGGCUGAUUUCCAAAGUUCUGCCCCGUGCGGACAAGCCGCGGAGCGUCCCGGGCCAAGAUUUCGAACAAAACUAUGAAGAUUACCUUCGACGUCAACCCCAGUCAUAUCUUUCAAAGCCUAAGGAUUUGAUGGAUCUUGGAGCUUUUGAAGACGAAGCCGAGAACUACAAGGACCCGGCACUGGAGAAGAAAGAUGGGAUGAAUUCGACUGGGCCGCGUAAAGCUACUCGUCCGGGACGAGAGACCCCAGAGCUUCGCCGUCCUUUCUCUCCUUUGUCUCGGGUAGACAUGGUUCCCCAAGGCCCCGACUCUCGUCCCCAGACUAGGCCUGAAAGGGAGAGCUUUGCUGUCCCCAAGCGUCACUCUUCUCGCCCGGAUCAGGCUGUCAAAAGCCCUGAUCGGAUGGCAAGACAACGUGGCAUCUCAAACCACCCCCCACGCGCCGACGAAAUCGAAGCUGCUAGACGGCUUUUGGCGCGGGCUCCUGAGGCAGACGGAUACACCAUCCGAGAAGAAGGAAAAGAAACUAGCGCAGGUGUUAACUCAGCAACUCCUCCGCCCAUACGAAGUCGUCAACGUCGCGUAGUCAUUUACGACGACUCGGAGGAAGAAGAGGAAAAUGCUGACAGCUAUGGUGACGAGAACGACCAGGACUAUCACGAGUACCACAAUGAGUAUCGCAAUGGGGAUAGGAAUAAAGACGUAGCAUCGACGCCCGCCACUUCCAUCUACCAGCCGACCGAAAGCGGACGGCCCUCGAGGGCGCAUCAUCGAUACACCCUCGAUCAUCCCACAUCCUCAAGGACGUCGUCGCGACAGUCCUUGCCGCCGCCAACCCGAUCGCGUGUGGCGGAAAAUCUCACCGCACACAAGCGAGAGCUUCGAACGCCUGUACUGGAUCAAAAUCGUUUGUACCUGGACGCUGAGCCGCCGGCAAUCGGCCAACGACAUCCACGCAACCAACAGCCUCUCAGACCAACAUACAUGGAGAUUUCAGACGAGGAAGAGGAGACGGUUCGGGACUACAGUGAUAAGAGUGGACUGGAUGCUACCUCGACACUAGAUUACGGCCCUGCGAAGACCGGAAUGGGGCCAAGGAGCGAUGAUUCCAUGUCAAUCUCGAAGCAAUCGACAUCGAAACAUAGCAUGAUGAGCAGCGAAUCUGCCCGAGGGAUUGAUUUUUUUGGGCAAGGCAUCUUCCAGGUCGUCCUUCAUAAUCCGAUUACAGUGCAUCAGUUGCUGAAGUUCGCCGAAGCUCGCCUCUGCAGCGAAGGUGUUGAAUUCCUCAAAAAGCUAGAAGAGUACCAGAAGGUACUGAAUGACCUCACAGGCGUCAUGACGACGAUACGCAAGGGUUUCCUUUCCGAUGAUUCCUCAAAGCAGAUAAACGUCAACGGGGAGCUGCGAAACGCAGUCCAUUCGGAAAUGAAAUCUCUUGCCACUAAGACGCUUCCUCGUAUGGAGACGCUUUUCUCGGACCUGCAAGAAAGUGUUGAGCACGAUGUCUUUAUGGAUAUUUAUCCUCGUUUCGUUCGGUACCAAAUGGCAUUGAGCGCCACAAGAGCGUUGGCGACCAACUCUCGCACCUAUCAAGGUCUAGGCGACUGCUUCUGCCUCACAAAUCCAGGUCUCGCAGACAAUCCGAUUGUGUUUGCUUCCGAUGGUUUCAUCAAAGUCACAGGUUACACACGACCCGAGAUCAUUCCCCGGAACUGCAGAUUCCUUCAAGGUGUUCAUACCGAUCGGGAACCGGUCCGGAGGCUGAAAGCUGCGAUUGAAGCACGGAAGGAAUCAGUAGAGUUGCUUUUGAAUUAUAAGAAGAACGGUGAUCCGUUCUGGAACUUGCUCUACGUUGCGCCGCUAUACAACGAAUCAGGGAUGCUUUCUUUCUUCCUCGGCGGCCAGAUCAACUGCUCUACGACCAUUCACACCAACGCAGAUAUCAUGAAGGUCUUGUCGUCUUCAAGCAACGACAAUGUCGAAGAGGCAGCCAAGAAACCGCCAGUAUUGCAUCGAUCAACGUCGGCCCCGUCAGCCCGCAGGGCCUUCCUGAAAGCUCUCGGAGUAAAGGUUGAUGAUAGCGUACCGAGCAAUUCUGCCAUCGACCCGGGCAUGGAGGGUAAGUUGCUCCACAAACUGGAGGGGAGAGAUUUGAACUAUCAGAUGAAGGAGUUUUAUACUGCGUACUCCAAGUACUUGGUUGUGGCCUACGACUCUUUCAUCAUCAGAUUCUAUUCUGAGGGAGUGUUAGACAUGCUACACCCCGUUAACAACACUGUUGGUUUGGUGGCUGGCCAAGAUAUCUUCCGUUUCCUCAAGCAAAACAUGGUGAAUCAUCAGUCCGAAUACAAGACCCGUGUGCGGACUGGCAUGCGUGCUGGGGCGCCAGUAAGUCUGGAGGUGCGUCUCCAGACUCGACGCAGUGCUCAGUUCCGAGGAGACGAGAAAUUUAUGACACACUGGACACCUCUGAAGGAUGAGAAGUCGGCAGUUCACUGGAUCGUCGUCACGAUGGCACCAACGAUUCAGUGA